GAUUUACAGAUAAUCAGUACAGAUGAAAACCAAGUAUUUGUGGCUGUUCAAGAGUGGUACCAGACAGACACGUACAACCUGUACCAGUCUGACCCGCAAGGUGUUUACUACUCUAUCCUGCUAGAGAACGUCCGGAGCACAAAGCAGCCAGAAGAGAACGUCCUGAUAGAUAUUCUGGAGGUCAGGGGUGUAAAAGGAGUCUUUUUGGCCAACCAGAAAAUUGAUGGGAAAGUUACAACUCUGAUAACCUACAACAAAGGCCGUGACUGGGAUUUUCUAAACCCUCCAGACAUCGAUAUGAACGGCAAACCGACAAACUGCAAACCUCCUGACUGCUACCUUCACCUCCAUCUCCGCUGGGCAGACAAUCCCUACGUGUCAGGAACAGUCCACACGAAGGACACUGCUCCAGGACUCAUAAUGGGGGCAGGUAACCUGGGGUCCCAGCUGGUUGAGUAUAAAGAAGAGAUGUACAUAACGUCUGACUGUGGGAACACGUGGCGUCAGGUCUUUGAAGAAGAACAUCACAUCUUGUACCUGGACCAUGGUGGAGUUAUUGUGGCCAUCAAAGACACCUCUAUCCCUCUGAAAAUACUCAAAUUCAGCAUAGAUGAAGGCCAGACAUGGAGUACGCAUAAUUUUACCAGCACUUCAGUAUUUGUAGAUGGAUUACUUAGUGAACCUGGAGAUGAGACACUGGUCAUGACAGUCUUUGGACAUAUUAGCUACCGUUCAGACUGGGAACUGGUGAAGGUGGACUUCAGACCAUCCUUCCCCAGGGAGUGCACUGACGAUGACUAUGAGUCCUGGGAGCUCACAAAUCUACAGGGAGAUCGUUGCAUCAUGGGCCAGCAGAGGAGCUUUCGAAAGAGGAAGAUUUCAUCAUGGUGCAUUAAAGGGAGAAGUUUCACAUCAGCUCUCACAUCCAAAGUUUGUGAAUGUGUGAACUCUGAUUUCUUAUGUGAUUAUGGAUUUGAGCGCUCUGCACCUCUGAAGUCAGAGUCUAGCAAAUGCUUUGCUGACUUUUGGUUUAAUCCAGAAGCACCUCCUGAAGACUGCGUGCUGGGGCAGGCAUACACCAGCAGCACUGGGUACAGGAAAGUUGUUUCUAAUGUGUGUGAAGGUGGCGUAGACCUGCAGCAGAACUUAGCACAGCAUAUGUGUCCAUUGAUUGCUCCCAAGGGACUUCAGAUCAGCAUCAGAGAAGAAAGCCUGGCUGUUAAGCCUGGGGAAGACAUCACCUUCGUUGUCAGACAAGAGCAGGGUGAUACAUUGAAUACCAAAUACCAGGUAGAUCUUGGAGAUGGCUUUAAGGCAAUAUAUGUGAACCUUACGAUGACUGGAGAACCCAUCCGUCACCGCUAUGAGAAUCCUGGGAUUUACCGAGUCUCGGUGAAGGCUGAGAAUGUGGCUGGGCAUGAUGAGAGUGUGGUGUUCGUCCAAGUCAACUCUCCACUGCAGGCUUUAAAUUUAGAAGUGGUUCCAGUCAUUGGAAGAAACCAGGAGGUGAACCUGACAGCCAUCAUACUGCCUAAGAACCCUAAUUUGACAGUCUUUUACUGGUGGAUAGGAAACAAUCUUCAGCCACUCCUUACAUUGGAGAGUUUUCUGGUGACAAAGUUUGCUGAGACAGGUGACAUCAGAGUUACAGUGCAAGCUUCCUGUGGGAGCUCCAUGCUUCAGGACUCAAAAGUUGUCCAUGUUUUUGAUCAUUUUCAUGUUCUUCCUCUGAAGUUUACUAAGCACCUGGACACGUACAACCCUGACAUACUGGACUGGAGGGAAGAUAUAGGGCGGGUAGUAACACGACUUCUUGCAAAGGAAACCAAUAUACCCGAAGAAACACUUAUGACAGUAGUGAAACCUGGUCUGCCCACAACUGCUGACUUGCAUGUGCUACUACCAGCAAACCAACCAAAAAGGAAGAGAAGUAUAACUAGUGAUAAGAGAAUAGCGGCUAUAAAGCAGGCCUUGAAUGCCCACAACAUCAGUUUCUUUCUGAGGGGAGGAUACUGGGUCUUAGUGACUUUAGCUGACUCCGGUUCAGACUCUCAGAGGAUUGGAGGAGGCAGUGGCUACUGGGCUAUUGUGGUUCUCUUUGUUAUCUGUCUAGUUGCAGUUGGGGCUAUCAUCCUCUACAAGUUCAAAAGGAAACUGCCAGGCAGAAAUGUCUACGCUCAGAUGCACAACGAAAAAGAGCAGGAGAUGACAAGCCCUGUUAAUCAUAGUGAGGACACCCAGAACAUCAUCCAGGGUGAGGAGUUUAUUGAUGAUGAUCUGGACUCUCAAACACUAGGUAACGCAAGAGUGACUCCUUCUGGGAGAAGUGGCAACUUGAACAGCUACAGAGUUCCCUUAUUGCUGAUGCCGGUCAGUGUCCAGUCCCAGGCAGUCACUCAGGCGUGGUUUUGA